AAUCCAGCUCGGCUUUUCCUUACCCCAUGUCCACCCAGAUCUAUAGAUCAUAAAAACAGUGUUUGCCGACUCAAUGUGCACUGAUCGGGAAAUCUAUAUGUUGUACACUUUGUGAACCUGCACAUUCAUUUUCAGCGAGGAGGGCAAGCGGAGUUUUUUUCCCUCAUACCAGACGGAGGGGGCGGAAACGAUACAUUUAGCGUUAGCCAAGCUCGUAGCUCAAUAUUUUGAUAACAAACCAGUGCGGGAAAAAAAACACAUCGGCACUGUUUGCGAGGCAGAGCCCACCGCGUUUUUAAUUUUGUUUUGCGGCUUUACUUUGCAAACCGGUUAAAAUUUGCAAGGAUUGGGAACCUGCUGGUCCCAAGGUCUACCUGAUGAGUAUGAGCCUGACUACAGAAUCCACUAACGAUGGUCCCACUGUUACAGAAGCCCCUAACUCAUCAGAGAGCAAAAUGACAUCUGUUGAGAAGAAGGACAAGAAGCCAGACGAUGUGGCCGAGGAAGAGGAGGAGGAGGAAGAAUACGUGGUGGAGAAGGUCCUGAAUCGGCGAGUGGUGAAAGGGAGAGUUGAAUAUCUUCUCAAGUGGAAAGGUUUCUCUGAUGAGGACAACACGUGGGAGCCAGAGGACAAUUUGGACUGCCCGGAUCUCAUCGCAGAGUUUUUGCAGUCUCAAAAAUCGGCACAUGAGGGAAAGAGGAAGGCGUCUUCGGAGGGGAAUGGAGAUGAAAACAAAUCAAAGAAGAAGAAAGAUGAUACAGAGAAAUUGAGGGGCUUUGCUCGAGGUCUGGAUCCAGAGAGGAUUAUUGGUGCCACAGAUUCUACAGGAGAGCUCAUGUUCCUCAUGAAAUGGAAAAACUCAGAUGAAGCCGACCUUGUACCAGCAAAGGAGGCGAAUGUCAAAUGUCCGCAGGUGGUCAUCUCUUUCUAUGAGGAGCGACUCACUUGGCACUCGUACCCAACUGAAGAUGAGAAAAAAGAUGACAAGAACUAACACAGGGCCAAGGGGGAGGGGAGAGGAAAGAAACGGUAGUUUUGAACUUAAAUGUAGUUUGGACAGAGGCAAGCAAGACACCAUUGGACUCCUUUGUCAUUUUGUGUAGUAUCACUCAAUUGAUUAUACUUCUAUCUGGAUAUGAUCAAAUUGUGUAUAUAUACUUUAGGUUUGCUUGAGAAAACCCAAACCAGAAGAAAUGUAAAAUGCAGUGUUACUUUUCUCAAUAUUGACUCCAGUUGCAGUCACAUGGAUACUGCAAGACCAUUUUCACACAGCACUUGGUCCGGUGGUCCAAGGCAUUUUGCUAUGACAUUGUAUUGUGGAGGUGUGUAAUCAUUUUACUUCCAUUACCGUAUGUGCCAUGUUUUUAAUUUUUUUUUUUAUUAUUAUUUUUUUUUAAUGUAGGUGGUUUGGUGCUUUUGAGAGUUACCCAUAUUCAUCCCUAGCUAUUUUAAGAUUUUUGGUGUACGGCUAUGAAAUCUUUGUAACCGUGAUUCUGUUUAAUUUGUUCAUUGGUAAUCUUCUCAUUGUAGUGUUUUUCAUGAACAUGUCUUGCUUGUCUGUUUUGGACAAUAAACCACUUU